UGAAAAGAAACGCUAGUACUAGACAAAAGAGUUUUGAGUUAGGUUUUUAAAUUAACAGAAAAGCCCUAAGCAGCCAUCCUCCGUUGAUCACUCCCUCCGACCGCUGUUUUCAAUGUUGCGUAGAAACGUCCGUUUGCGGAGAGAGUAUCUGUAUAGAAAAAGCUUAGAAGGAAAUGAGCGCGCGCUUUAUGAGAAGAAGCGCAAAAUCAGAGAAGCUCUUCAAGAAGGUAAACCUAUACCAACUGAGCUUAGAAACGAGGAGGCCGCACUUCGUCGUCAAAUUGAUCUGGAAGAUGAAAACACAGCUGUUCCAACAACGCACAUUGAUGAUGAGUAUGCAUUUGCUGCUGAGAAAGAUCCUAAAAUUAUGCUCACCACAUCAAGGGAUCCAAGCGCUCCUCUUCAACAGUUUGUAAAGGAGUUGAGUACUGUCUUUCCCAAUGCUCAAAGAAUAAACCGUGGUGGUCAGGUUAUUUCAGAGAUUAUAGAUGCUUGCAGGUCGCACGACUAUACAGAUGUAAUCUUGGUUCAUGAAAAUCGUGGCGUGCCUGCUGGUUUAACCGUUUACCAUCUACCAUUUGGCCCAACUGCAUGUUUUAGUGUAGUCAAUGUGGUUACAAGACAUGAAAUUAAACAAAAAAAAGCUAUUGGAACCAUGCCCGAGGCUUAUCCACAUAUUAUACUUAAUAAUUUCUCAACUAAGUUAGGCGAGAGAACUUCCAAUAUUCUAAAGCAUCUGUUUCCAGUGCCAAAACCUGAGGCAAAACGUAUUGUCUCUUUUUCCAACAAUUCGGACUAUAUCGAGUUCAGGCAUCAUAUAUAUCAAAAACGUGCGGAUCCUAACUCCAUAGAAUUGAAGGAAAUUGGUCCACGGUUUAAUUUGCGACUAUAUCAGAUAAAAUUGGGAACAGUGGAUCAUGAUGAAGGUCAAACAGAAUGGGUCUUCAGACCAUACAUGAACACUACCAAGAGGCGCGAGUUUCUCUGAAAAUUUUGGAUGAAAUUUAAUUUUAUGAAUUUACUUUUUUAUUCAUCUAUCCAUUUUAUUUUUUCACAGAUUAUUUUAUGUUUUUAAAAAAAUUAUUAACGAUCUUUCAAUAUACUUUUUGUUUGUUAUUGUUUCAAAUAAGUAUUAUUAGUUUCGUAAUAUAUAUUUUAGGUAAAAUGAGGUGUCAUCACAUUUUGUCAUAUACAUACACGAUAGCUGGGGCAUUAUGUAGGGUCAUGGAAAUGAAUUUAUAUGAAAAAUAUCAUAUAUUGAUGUUUA